AUGUUGAUAGGACGAGUAGGGCAACAUGGCGGGGAUCCCGGCCCCGCUCCGCUGCAGCAUGUCAUCACAACACAAGACGGCCCGUUGGGAAUUGCUCUCGAGUUUGCAGAAGCACCCGUUCCCCCCUCUUCGCCGCCGCCGCCGCCCACGGGGUCGGAGAGCUUAGCUUCCCUGGAGGAACCCGUUGCCACGGACUCGCCGCCGUUCACAGCCUUCCUCCCAUGCCCACAUUGA